CUGCCAGGGGGAUUCGUUAGCUCAGCCACAGGCGCGUCGCGUAAGUGUGGCGGAAACUUCGCGUCGCCGAGUCAUCUCGUUCCGGGAGCUGUAAAAUACAAAUGCCGCAAUCUUUCACGAAUUGCCUACCGCAACGCUUUUUCCGGCCGUGACAGAUUCACUGCCAAUCGUCAAUGACUCAAAUCGAGAGUAAAGUAGAGCCAAUAGAGGUGGAUCUCGGCCAUGCACAUCCAGAUAGCAUCUAUGAAAUGUCCCGCCUGACGUAUGAGGGAGAGGCGAGCACACCCCAGGCGGCGUCAUCAGAGGAAACUGUAUCCGUCCCUGGAUCCAUGGGGUCCGAGACUACCGUGCAGGAGCUGUCACCGAUAGAUGGUGGCUGGAAGGCUUGGCGGUUUUGUGCGGCUGGGUUCAUGCUCGAGGUCAUGACCUGGGGAUUCGAAUUCAGUUACGGUAUCUUUCAAGAUUACUACACGUCUAAUCCACCAUUCCAAAAUGAAUCCGUCGUAUCCAUCGCGGCGGUGGGUACCGCAGCGAUAGCAAUACAAUAUGUAGAGACGAUCUUUCUAUCUCUGUUCUUCGAGCGCUACCCUGAUUAUCUCAAAGCAAGUGUAUGGGUCGGACUGGCAAUUGCGUUCGCUUCUCUUCUCAUAGCCAGUUUUUCAACCAAGCUCUGGCAUCUCAUCCUCUUGCAGGGAGUAUGCUACGGGAUCAGCGGCGGCCUUCUCUACUUCCCAAUCCUGGUUCUCUUACCACAAUGGUUUGUCCGUCGACGUGGCCUCGCCACUGGAGUCAUCUUCGCUGGAUCUGGUGUCGGCGGUUUCGCAUUCCCCUUCCUCCUGCAAGCCUUACUGGAAAAAUAUGGCUUCCGCUGGACAUUACGCAUCUGGGCGAUUGUGACACUUGUGGUCGUCGGCGUGGCAAUCCUCGGGUUUACACCUCGUUUGCCUGUACCGAAGUUCCAGCGCGGCCAGAGACCACGGUUCAUUCCCCCGCAGAUGCAAUUCCUCAAAACCCCUCUAUUCUGGGCAAUUAGUGUCACGACGGUUCUACAAGCACUAUCCUAUUUUUCGGUCUCGCUAUACAUCGCCACCUACACCAAAGUGAUGUCCACUGCAUUCUCCGCGUCCAUCGUGCUCGCGCUCUUCAACUCCUCCGGCGUCGUCUUCCAGGUUCUCAUCGGCCAUUUGUGCGAUCGUCUCCCAUAUACGUGGAUCAUGUUCUUCAGCACGCUCGGAAGCGGUCUGUCGGUGUUCCUGCUGUGGGGCUUCGCGCGCACGCUCCCGCUGGUCUUCGUGUUUGCGAUCAUUUUUGGUGGCUUGAUGGGUGGCUACAACUCUGUGGGACCCAUCGCAGCAGCAGACUGUGCGGGCAGCAAGCCGGAACAAUCCAGUAUCAUUUGGGCGCUGUCGUUCGCUCUCAAGGGCGUCGCGUCCGUGGUCGGGCCACUCGUGUCCGGUGUUCUCUACAGUGUAGGCAAGUCCUCGCCGCAUGCGUCCGAGCUGCGCUAUGGGGCGUACGGAUUCCAGGCGGUGGAGAUAUUCGUCGGGGUGUGUGCGGUGGCAACUAGCCUGUCCAGCAUUGCGGUCGCGGCUACGAGGGGAAAGGUGCAGGUUCCGCCGUGACGGGUGAAUGCGUCAUGCAUUAUCGAUAAGAUGGUUGAUUUAGCGUGCCCGGGCCGUCGUGCGGUUUAAG